AAAACCCUGCCCAUCGUUCCACGAGGCCCGGAAAGCGUCACGAGCUCUUCUGUUUCUCAAGGAUUGAAGUCCGGUGCCUCCUCCUUAGCGUCCAUUCCUGCUCGCAGAGUGACAUUCUUGUCGAGCGCCAUCGUUUGGUGACAGAAAUUUAGCUCGGAAUUGGGAUGUGGAAUUCUGGUCGUUUCGUGCUGCGAAGGGGAGGUGUUCAAGCAUGUGGAGCUCAGAGCAGCGGGGAGCGAUUCCGGACUACGAGGAAGAAGAGCAGCGGAUUGGCCACCCUUGCUCAUGAUGAAAUUCUGGUCCCAGAGAAGGCUUCAGAUGGCAUGCGCACUGUGAUGUUCUUCCAUGGGCUCCUUGGAUCCGGCAGGAAUUGGCGCACCUUUGCCAAGCGCCUUGCUUCCGAGGCCCAAGAGCAGAGUGGGGAUCAGUUUCCAGGUUGGCGAAUGAUGCUGGUGGAUUUACGUAAUCAUGGAAAUUCAGCUAGCCGAGGCUUUAGUCCGCCCCAUGACAUGCCCUCUGCAGCUCGAGAUGUAGUGGAACUCAUCAAGACAAGCUCGUGUGGCUGGCCCGACAUUGUGGUCUCUCAUUCCAUGGGAGGAAAGGUCGCCCUUCAGUUUGGUCAGAAUGCUGCUGCUGGCCACUACGGAGAUGUGACACCACCAAAGCAGCUGUGGAUAUUGGAUUCUGUACCCGGCAAGUUGCCUAUCCGCAACUCUGAAGGAGAAGUGGAGCUGGUACUGUCCACCAUUCUGUCUCUUCCUGAUCCUCUUCCAUCACGCAGGUGGCUGAUGAAUCAUAUGCUCGAGAAGGGAUUUUCGAAGAGUCUAUCUGACUGGCUAGGGAGUAACCUAAAGAGGACAGGGUCAGGCGAGGAGAUGACUUGGGUUUUCAACCCCAAAGAAGCUUACGAGAUGUUCAAUUCUUACAGAAAUUCGGAUUAUUGGCCAGUAUUGGAUAGUCCUCCGAAAGGUAUGGACGUGCAUAUCGUGCGGGCGAGCAGGAGUGAUCUAUGGUCCCCGGAAAGUAUAUCUAAAUUAGAAAGGCUUUCCAGUGAUACUGUUGCAGAUCAGAACAGUGGCAAAGUGCAUUAUCACGUCUUACAAAACGCUGGGCAUUGGUUGCAUGUUGAUAAUCCAGAGGGUCUAGCUGAAAUCCUCUUGCCAUCUUUUCUAAAGCUAUCUAAGUAGAUGUAUCGAUGAAAAGAAAUCUGAGAAUGCAGAGGCUAUUUCAAAGACGUCCAUUUUAAAAUAUCGAGAUCAUGUUCACAUGAACAAUCGAUGUACUGGAAAGUUUACAAAGUGUUUUUACGUAUGUGGAUACAUUUUCGUUUGCUACUGUGGGAGCACUAUCUGACUUUUACAUUUACAUACAUGAUUAAGUCCUAUGUCAAAGGC